AUGAGUAACUUAGCUUUACUUUUGCUCAAGCAAGGCAACAUUGAAAAGGCUGGGAAACUGAGUCAAGAGGCACUGCAUGCAAUUGAGACCCGUCUAGGUCCGUCAAAUAUGGAUACUCUGACGGUGAUUGCUACACUCGCUGGAGUAUCAAAAAUGCGCGAAAACUAUGAAAAGGCGGAGGAACUCUACCGUAGAUCACUCACUGGAUUCGAGCAACAGCUUCCACCGCAUCACCCCCAUAUACUACGCACUAUGAUAAACUUAGCAAGUGUGCUGCGGAGACGAAAAAAAAAUGAGGAGUCGGAAAACCUGUUUCGUAGGGCACUGGAUGGCCUGGAAGAGCGGAAUGAGGUCAAUCAUCGCGAUGCGCUAAUCUGCUUGACCAACUUGGCUAUAGUUCUCGAAAAUCAGGGAAAGCUGACCGAGGCGGAAAGCGCCAACAGAGAAGCGCUGCAGGGCUUUGAAAAAACAAUGUGUGAGAAUCAUCCUGAUACUCUACAGUGUCUCGAGAAUCUUGCAGGUCUGUUGCAGGCACAGGACAAGUAUGUGGAUGCAGAAGUGGUGGGUCAGAAAGCUAUGAAUGGAUGCAAGGCCGAAUUCGGACCGAGACACUCAAAAACUCUCCGGAAUAUCGCAAAUCUGGCCCAUAUACUACAUCGCCAAACCCGACAUCGCGAGGCCUGGGAGAUGUAUCAAACAGCAUGCACUGGAUUCAAACAGGCAGGUAUAGACAACAAGGUCUCGCGGGUUUGUUUUCAACGGUUUGCGGAAAUUCAGGAAGAGAUGAAGCCUAGUGAGGCGUCUUUCAUGUUGGAGAGAGAAACCACAACGCUAAAGGGGGCUGAAGACAACAACUCACGCCAGGAGAUGGUAUCUCAAGCGGAAGAGACUGCUGCAUCAUAUUCUGGGUCUAAGCGUCGAAGACAGACAUUAGAGAAUGAUGUUGCUGAAGAUGGAGAUACAGUCAAGAAGCGGCUUCAGUUGGUUACAUAG